AGAAUUCCCAGAAAUGAUUCUUUGAAGCCCCUCUUUUCUUCUUCCCAUCAGGAACUCAAAAGCUGCUUCCUUUUCUACUCCUGCUGCUACUAGCUCUCAGCCUUUCAAAAUGCAUACCCAAAUCUUUGUUAUUGCUUUUCUCUUCUUCCCGAACUUCAUUUUCUCAGUCAACCAAGAAGUCCUUUACCUGCAUAGUGCGAAGCUCGGGUUUUCCGACCCGAGUGAUGCGCUAUCUAGCUGGAAUGACAAGGAAGACUCGCCGUGUGAUUGGUAUGGUGUUCGAUGUGAUAAAGGGUCUGGAACUGUGUGGUCGGUCGACCUUUCCAAUGCUAAUAUUGCAGGUCCUUUUCCGGUGGUUCUUUGCCGGCUUCAAAAUUUGAGUUUUAUUUCCUUGUACAAUAACUCGAUUAAUUCGAGUGUUCCAGAUGGGUUGUCGGCUUGCAAAUCUUUGGAGCACCUUGAUUUGGCCCAGAAUUUGUUGACUGGGUUGCUUCCGGCGAGCUUGGCCGAGCUUCCUAACUUGAAGUAUCUUGACCUUACCGGUAACAAUUUCUCCGGGGACAUCCCGGCGAGCUUUGGAUCUUUUAGGAAACUGGAGGUGUUGGGUCUGGUUCAGAAUUUGUUCGAUGGGACGAUUCCCGCUUUUCUCGGUAACAUUUCGACUCUCAAACAGUUGAAUCUCUCAUACAACCCGUUUUCUCCGGGCCGGAUCCCGCCUGAGCUUGGGAAUCUCACUAACCUCGAGUACCUCUGGCUCACGAACUGCAAUUUAAUCGGCGAGAUUCCCGACUCACUGAGUAGGCUCACUAAGCUCAUAGAUUUCGAUGUUGCUGUAAACAGUUUGAGCGGCCCUGUUCCGAGUUGGCUCCCCGAGUUAACUAGUGCAGUCCAAAUUGAGCUUUACUCGAACUCGUUAACGGGGGAGCUCCCGGCAGCUGGGUGGUCGAAGAUGACGGAGCUUAGGCGUAUCGACGUGUCCAUGAACCAGUUGAGAGGAACUAUUCCGGCGGAGCUGUGCGAGUUACCGCUCGAGUCGCUGAAUCUCUAUGAGAAUCAGUUAGAAGGUGAAUUGCCGGAGAGCAUUUCAAAGUCACCUGUUCUUUAUGAGUUAAGUCUCUUUCGCAAUCGUCUAAAAGGAAAUUUACCAAAAGAUCUGGGUAGAAACUCGCCGUUACUAUGGAUAGAUGUUUCGGACAAUGCAUUUUCAGGCGAAAUCCCUGAAAAUUUGUGCGGGAUGGGUUAUCUAAUGGAGCUUUUGAUGAUCAACAACUCCAUCUCUGGUGAAAUACCGACCAGUUUGAGUUCUUGCCGGAGCCUAAGACGAGUACGGUUGAGGCACAAUAAUAUCUCUGGCAAUGUUCCGUCUGGGUUCUGGGGAUUGCCCCAUGUCUCUUUAUUGGAGUUGGCAGACAACUCAUUUUCUGGAGAAAUCUCAAAAACUAUAGCAGGUGCUGCAAAUCUUUCUGCUUUGGUUUUGUCUAAUAACAAAUUCUCGGGCAGAAUUCCAGCGGAGAUUGGCUUUCUUGAUAAACUGCUUCAGUUUUCGGGCGAUGACAAUCAGUUCUCUGGCCCUUUACCUUCAACCAUGGUUAAUCUCAGACAGCUAGCAACAUUGGAUCUUCACAACAACAAUCUAUCCGGUGAGCUUCCUUCUGGAAUUCAUUCUUGGAAGAUGUUGAAUGAUCUGAACAUAGCAAACAAUGCCUUGUCUGGUAAAAUUCCGGGAGAAAUUGGAAGUCUGUCUGUUUUGAAUUAUCUUGAUUUGUCAGGAAACCAGUUUUCAGGAAAAGUUCCAGUAGAGUUAGAGAAUUUGAAGCUUAAUCAGUUUAACUUGUCUUAUAACAGUCUUUCCGGGAACAUCCCAUCUAUGUACAAUAAACAAAUGUAUAAGAACAGCUUUCUGGGUAACUCAAGGCUGUGUGGAGACAUUGUGGGUUUAUGUGAUGUGAGAGAUGAAGCAAAAAACACCCGUUCCUAUUAUUGGCUAUUCCGAGCAAUCUUUAUACUUUCCGGGCUGGUUCUUAUCAUGGGGACUGUUUGGUUCUACUUGAAGUAUAAGAACUUCAAGAAGGUCGAAAUGGACAUUGAUAGAUCGAAAUGGACAUUAGUCUCUUUUCACAAGCUAGGAUUCAACGAGUAUGAGAUACUCGAUGCUCUUGAUGAAGAUAACAUCAUUGGGAGAGGACUCUCUGGAAAGGUCUACAAGGUUGUUCUGAACAAUGGGGAAGCCGUUGCCGUUAAAAAGAUUGAGAUUAACAAAAAGUUUGAUGUAGACGUUGAGCAAGGCGGCAACUUUGUUCAAGACGAUGGCUUUGAAGCAGAGAUUGAGACAUUAGGGAAGAUUAGACACAAGAAUAUAGUUAAGCUCUUGUGUUCAUGCAUUACAAGGGAUUCUAAGCUUUUGGUUUACGAGUACAUGCCAAAUGGAAGCUUAGGGGACUUGCUUCAUAGCAGCAAAAGUGGGCUGUUGGACUGGCGUAUGAGGUUUAAGAUUAUUAUGGAUGCGGCCGAGGGGCUCUCUUAUUUGCACCACGACUGUUCUCCUGCAAUUGUGCAUAGAGAUGUCAAGUCAAACAAUAUAUUGCUUGAUGGGGAUUAUGGUGCUAGGGUCGCUGAUUUUGGCGUGGCUAAGGUGGUUGAUGCAACUGAUAAAGGACCCAAAUCCAUGUCCGGCAUUGCUGGAUCAUGUGGCUAUAUUGCUCCAGAGUAUGCAUACACUCUGAGGGUAACAGAGAAGAGUGACAUAUACAGUUUUGGGGUGGUGAUCUUGGAGCUGGUGACAGGGAGGCUCCCGGUGGAUCCCGAAUUCGGAGAAAAGGAUUUGGUGAAGUGGGUAUGCACCACCUUGGACCAUGACGAAGAGGCGGGUUUGGAUCAGGUCAUUGAUCCUAAGCUCGACUUUUGUAAUUUCAAGGAGGAAAUCUGCAAAGUGUUGAACAUAGGACUCCUCUGCUCCAGCACCCUCCCCAUUAACCGGCCUUCCAUGAGGAGGGUGGUCAAGAUGUUGCAAGAAGCAUGUGGUGGUAGUGCUGGCGUCGGCAGCGGCCUCCCCAAAUCAGGAGAUGGCACCAAGGAUGACGGUAAAUUGACUCCUUAUUACUAUGGAGAGGAUACAUCUGCUUAAGAAACUGAAUCCAAGUGUGUUUGGUUGGUCUUCUGAUUGUAAUUUUUUAACAUUAUUAUUGGUACUUUUGGUUUGUACACCUUUUUUGUACAUCUUAUGUAUACACUCUCCUAUUUUACUUGUGUAGACGGAUAAUUCGUCUAAAAAUAUGCAAAAUUUUUAGAAGUUGCGUGUGUACAUGGGUAAGGUGUAAAAAAGGUGUAUAAAAUGGUGUACAUCAAGGAUGUUUUCUUUUAGACCGAAAUUUGCUGGUCUGGUCUGAUUUGGUCUCGACUGUUUAAGUCUG